GGGAGGAGGGGUGGGGAGCAGAGGCACGCCGCCUGGGGCUGAUUGGCCGCCCAGUUUAUAAAGAGGUGCCCGGCCGGGGUGGCGUGGUUGUUUGCCGAGGUUGGGGAGCUCCGCCGAGCCCCUUUGUGGAGCCGUCCGAGCGGUGCGGAGCUGCCCGCGGCGCCAUGCGGCGCGCCAGCCGAGACUACACCAAGUACUUGCGGGGCUCGGAGGAGCUGGGCAGCGGCGCCGCCCACGACAGCACCCCGCCGCCGCCGCCACCACCGCCGCUGCCGGCCCAUCCGCACCCGCCGCCCGCCUCCCGCUCCCUCCUCGCCGCCCUCGUCCUCCUGGGGCUGGGGCAGGUAGUCUGCAGCGUCGCCCUCUUCCUCUACUUCCGAGCUCAGAUGGACCCUACUAGAAUUUCAAAAGAACACGCACACUGUGUCAGAACACUUUUUGGACAUCAAGAAAAUACAGAUUUGCAUGAUACAUCCUUUGAAAAUCAAGAAGUGAAGUUAAUUCCAGAAUCAUGUAGAAGCAUGAAACAGGGUCUCCAAAGAGCUGUGCAGAAGGAAGUCCAGCGUGUCAUGGGAAGAACGCCACCAAGACCAGAAAAAGCUGCAAUGGAGGCAUUAGGAAUGGAUCUGUACAAGAGAAGUAAACCUGAGAAGCAGCCUUUUGCCCAUCUCAUUAUUGAUGAUAAGAAUAUUCCAUCUGGAACACGCAAAGUGAACCUCACAUCCUGGCAUCAUGACAAGGGCCAGGCAAACUUGUCAAACAUGACAUUCAAUGAUGGAAAACUAAUUGUUAAUCAAGAUGGAUUUUACUACCUUUAUGCCAACAUAUGUUUUAGACAUCACGAAACUUCAGGAAACCUGACUAAAAGAGGGCUUCAGCUGAUGGUAUAUAUGAUUAAGACAAACCUUAAGAUAAGGCGCUCUGAUGUGUUGAUGAAGGGAGGAAGCACCAAAUACUGGUCAGGGAAUUCAGAAUUUCAUUUUUAUUCUGUCAAUGUAGGAGGAUUUUUUAAAUUAAAAUCUGGUGAAAUGAUAAGCAUCCAGGUAUCAAACCCAUUGCUACUGGAUUCAUCACAAGAAGCAACUUAUUUUGGGGCGUUUAAAGUGAGGGAUUUAGACUGAAUCUUUUUUUAGUGUGCUGAAAAUUGUUUGGGUUUUUAGUGGCUUAGAAACAACUUGAAGACAGAACUGAAAACCUUUUGCAACCCAAUUGCAUCUGUAUAAGCCAUAUAUCUCUAAAGACACACUUUUGCCCAGUGCUGACUCCAGCGGGAGUCCCACAAAUGCCCAGAAGGGCAAAAUUGCAUAGUUCUCCUGAUUUAGUCCUAUAGCAGUUUUACUUAGUAUGUCUCCGCUGCCUUCAGUAGAGUCAUUAUGACUUUAACAUUGGUGUAGUUCAAAUCAGAGAAAUUAAUAUUAUUGAACUUCUGUUUCCAGACUCUGCCCUGACUUUUAACCUGUGCUACUCCUACUAGUUUUGGCGCAAACAUAGGGCAAGACACAACUUGGCUCCCAACUUGCACGUAGGGCUCAGUUUUGCUUGGGGUUGAGCAUUCUGACCCUGAGACAGCAAAGAUUGUGAAAGUGUGACUAAUCCCAUUGCAUUUGAUGUGGCUUUUCACAUGCUUAAUUAAGCCUCUUCUAGCUUUGCUGGAUUAGGGUUGGAGAGCUCAGGCCGUGGCAGAAAUGAGUUGCAGAAACACCAAAACGGUUCAAUUUAAGUUUUUACCUGAUUAAAAGGGCUAUUCCAGGAAGAAGGGAGAUCAUCUGGCCUUGCAGUUCUAAAAGGUUAAUUACAGGUCUUUUGUAUUAUUGUUGCACAGUUAAUUGCAAAUAUAGACUGCCAAAAUACGGUGUGCCUUUAAAGUAUUACGUCGUGCCAGAACCUGCAAAGACAUUUUUUAGA